AGGAGGCCAUUGCGCGCCACGUCACAGGUACGUCGGUUCCAGCUCCGGCCGGGGGAGGCAGCGGACAUGGCCAGCUGGGCCAGGGGCCCAGGUCCAGGCCCAGGGGGCGGUGCUGCCGCUGUCACGGACACGGACACGGACGCGCUCCUGGAUGGCGAGAAUCGGCGCCUGGCGGACGGGCUGGCGGCCAAGGUCACGCGACUCAAGACCCUGGCUUUGGACAUGGACCGAGAUGCUGAGGAGCAGAACCGCUACCUGGACGGCAUGGUGAGGGCCGCGGCCACGGGGGGCGGUGGACACGCGUGGGGGUUCGCGCGGGGGAGCAGGCUUGGCCAGCCACGGCCACACCCUCUUGCCUCUUGCCCAGGACUCGGACUUCUCCAGCGUGACCAGCCUGCUGAGCGGGAGCGUGAAGCGCUUCUCCACCAUGACCCGCUCAGGCCGUGACAACCGGCGGCUGCUGCUCUGCGUGGCUGUGGGGCUCAUCGUCCUCUUCUUCUUCCUCUCCUACCUGGUGUCCAAAGCUCGGACUUGAGGCGCCCGCGGCUCACCGAGCCCAGGCGGGUGCAGGUGGACCCCCUCCCCUUGCUGUGGAGAAUAAAACUGGAAGUGCCCAUUGCUGGUCGCCCCCCUCCUCUGCGCAUCCCCCGGGGGGGGCGUGCCAGGAGGGAGGGGCGCUGCCCGCCUUCUGUGCCAGCAAGCUGGGAGUUCCAGAUUCUCCCCCAGGGAGAAAGCCAAGUUGCCAAACCCACCGUAGCGGCUUGUCCGGAGCCCCAGUGGGAAGGGAGUGAAGGCGGCCGCCAUCCCAGCUGCAGUGAUGGGACUUUUCCCAGGAUGCCCAGCGACUGGCUCGCAGUGGGACCAGCCCCUUCAGCCAGGGCAGAAGGACACCACAUUUGAACCCGGGACCUCCGGCUCUCAUCCACUGAGCCACCUCGCUAGUUUGAAAAGCAGGACGCAGAGGGGGGGCUUCAGAAGUGCUCCAAGGUGGCGGCAGGUCUAGGGAGGAUUUGGGCGCCCCACUGGGGCUGGUGGCUUGGGUUCGAGUCCUCUGGCCGGGCAGACCCUGGUGCGAGCAGCCAGCAGGGCUUCCUGGGAGAUGGCCGUGGAGGGGGCCUUAUUGGAGAAUGCCCAGAAGGUUGGUUUUGAGCGUGUGCCGUGGGGUGAGGGGGAAGAAGUGAGAACCCCGGCGAGGCGUGUUAUGCCAUUGGGACAGAAAAGGAGCCGGCGCUCAGGGAGGACACAGACCAAGCCCACCACACUCGAGGUGCUGUCUGCACUGCCACGAAGAUCCAAACACGAAGGGGCGCCUGCCCUCGGCGGGGUUCCAUUCUUCGGAGGAAGAGGUGCCGUGACUGACAGGCAUGGGAUGGAGGGUAGAGUAAGCAUUGGGCUGGGUGCCUGAGGGCGUGGGGCAGGGCCAGGUCCUGACCACCUUUGGGCGCUGAGUGGGAGGAGCUUGGCAGGGAUGGGGGAGCCCUUACCUGGAGCUCUUUCUGAUCCAAGGGAAGGAGAGCCGACAGCCAAAGUGCUGGACAGGACGGAGGCUUUGUGGGAGUGAGGGGCGUGCUGGGGCCCCUCUUGAGCUCAGUCAGCACUGGCUAAACCUCAAGUGCAGCCUCAGUCGCUAAGUCCUCUGCUGUGCCCGAUUGGUUUUCUUCAUUCAACAAUUUCUGUUGCUCUUGGAGCUGAGAUCACACUCGUUACCCAGCCUGCUCCUGUUCCAGAGGGGCAGCGAGAGAGACCUCUCCCACCGUGACAGUGGGGGAACCCAGGACCUGUGCGCGCAGACUCCGGCCUUCCGGCAGAAGCCCCCAAGCUCUCCGCGUGCUCCUUAUUCCCUAGUGCCAAAUCCCACAGCAUGCCCCUUCCCCAGGGUUUUCUGAGAAGGUGGAGGCUUCCCUGGAAUGGGAGAUGACAAGCCCCCAGACCAAGAAAUCUGGCAAGCCCAAUUCACAGACAUCUGGAAGCUACUACUCCCCCCGGGACUGUUUCUGCAUCCACCAGCUUCAACCUCUCCUUCCAAUAAAACUCUUCUACUUCUCAAUUAAA